UUCCAGAGAAUGUUAUUUUAUAGGACAGCCUUUACAAAUAUAGUAAAGAAAGGCAAGUAUAAUAUAUAGCAUAUAAGUAUGACAUGAGUUCCUGAUCUGGAAAUCAGAUGAGAAUUAAUUACUAAAAACAUACAAAUACUUCCAAGUCUCACUCCAGAAGUCUGUCCUCGAGUCUAGGCCUUCAGACAUCUGGCAAUCAUAUCUAAACCCCAACUUUCAUUUCCCCAGUCUGCUGUGUUGCUUUCCACACUGUUUCUUUGCCUCCUUCCCUUAGCAUUUUUGCUUGCCUUGCCCUCCUCUAGGAUUUAAGAAGCUGACUCAACGGCAUCCCAAAACUCUUGGCUUCAGAAAAAGUUGGUCAAAAUUAUUUAUAUCACUUAGCAUUUUAUCUAGUUAUUUAGAAUGUUCUAGGUGAUUUGGACAUAUUUUCUCAAUGUAUCUUAGAACAACCCUAUAAGGUAAACCUGUGUUAUUCCUAAGACAGUAUGAUGGUUGAAAUCAGCCUGGAUUGCAUAUGUUCAUCCAGGGUAGUAAUGAAGGACAGACUUCCUGACUCAGACUUGAGAUGCAAAAUUAUGCACAUUUAAUCCGCAGUAAGCCAUAUUAAGCUCAGUGUGACUUCUCAGGUUUACAUUGGCUGUCUCACUUGAAGUUGGUGAAUGAGGUGCCCAUCAACCACGCUCAAGGGAAAGCUCCAGAGGCAAAUAUAGAGAUGACACUAAUUAUGUAUUGUUAUUUAAAAAAUUAAAAAGCCGAGGGGGGGGGCAAUUUGUUUGAGGACAGGUACGGAGGGAAGAGUACUUUAACUGUCUAUCCCCACCAUGGUCCCACCAUUGCUAUUUACACGGGACGGAAGAUCCCAUUGGUGUGAAGGAGCUGUAGCCUUAACAUUUGUGCAACACAAUCUUAAAUGCAUUUGCUUAGAUCCAGAACUCACCAGGAAUGCCUCCCUCAUUCUUUUAGAACGGCAAUGGCGCCCACCUGAGAGGUUCUGGCUGAAAAAAGCCCUGCUUAGAUCCAUAUUAAACGGAGCUUUCUCCCAGCUCUGCCUGCAAAGAAGAUUGCAAGAACAGUCUGUGUAUUAUUUUAACAGAAAGCAAACAGGUUGAAUCUUUGGCGGGGAAAGUGCCUUCCAUAUCAUUGAGGAACAGGCUGCCUGAAUAAUUAGUGAUUUAUGGCACAGGGUCAGCUUUAGCAUGCGCUGAGGUUGGGCAUUUCUAAGAAUCCCCAAACUAGCCUAAAUCUCAUCACCUCAACACCACUCCUUAUUUUCCAAGCUGGUCAUGAGGAGAGAAAUUUCCAUUUGCAGUUUUCCCAAGUCUGAGGGGCUCAGUGAGUGCUCCUGCGCGUGAGAGUCUCUCAAGUUUCUUGAGUCAAUAGUGUGUUUUUUGUAUGUGUUUAUUAAGUAGGUUCUUCUGAGGUGGUAGAUAACGAACCAACGAAGGCCAAAAAAGCAGGGGCUGUGCAACAUCUGUGGUAAAUCUUGGGUGAGGAGAAGAGGAAGUUCCUUAACUCAGGGCCUACACCGCCCCCCCCUCGAUAAACCUCCUCCAGCUGCUUGUCUGGGACUAACACAAAACGAGGCAAGUUAUCGAAACAACCUGGCAGAGUCACAAGCUACGGCUGGCUGGUGCUCUUAUAACACAGCCGCCACCACUACCACUUCGCCAGGCCUUGCUCGUGAGGCAGCCUAAGCGUGACCUGGCCUAACGAGGCGCUGUGGGGAGGGGGAGGGAGAAGAGGGGACGCGCCAUGAGGAAAGGGGCGGGACCGGGGCAAUAACUGCCUCGGCUUGGGCGGGCCUCCUCGCUCGCUCGCCGUGGCUGCCGUUGCCACGCGCGUGGUGAGUGCUGGAAUGCGCGCCGCCGCCGCCCGUUCGUCUGGGCGCUGAGGGGAGGCUGGUCGCCGUCGUCGCCCCCUCGACUCCCUUCGGCCUCGGAGGAGAGGCGGUGAGUUGCCCCGCCGCCGCCGCCGCGUUGGUGGUGCUGCUGGCGUUGGGAGGGAGGAAGGGGAGCGGGAGCGAGCCUGUGGCGCUGUCCAGGGCUGAUCUGAGGGCGGCUGCUUGCUGCUGCUGCGCAUGGGACGGCGUCGCCGGAGUGGGUGGAGUGAGGGCGGCCGGGCGGGGGGGGGGGAAGCCAGGCAGGCAGGCAGGCAGGCAGGCUGGCUGAGGGGCCUCUCAGGAAGGAAGCCUCCGGAGGAGCCCCCCCCUGAGGAACAGCCUCUCCGCCGCCACCGCCAAGACCAACGGCCGUUAGUCCCCGGUGGCCGGAAGGAAGGCUUGGCGGGGAGGAGCCGCCUUCGCCGCCGCCGCCGUCUCCCGGGCCGAGAGCGAGCCGACGAGGCCUCCGCAGCUUCAGCCGCCGCCCUGCGUGGUGGAGCUGGACAGCGAUUUCUCGCCCUCCCCCGCCGCUGGGCCUCUUCGCCGUGAGUUGCCGCUUUUGUGCGCCGCGCGGUGACCUUGCGCUCUCCGGUGCCGAGGGAUGGAUGGGGCAAGGGGGAGGCUCGCGCGUUCCCCACCCCCAGCAAAGCGGGGCGGGUGUGUGUGUGUGUGUGUGUGUGGAAAUCGGGUGGGCCUCGGGUCACGUUCCCCAGCCCCCCACCUCCAACCACGUUUUCCUUGGAGGAGGAAAGUACGGAACUUAACUCUCUCAACUCCCUCCCCCCCAUCGCCAACCUAUUACCACCCUACUGAGUCCUUCCCCCAGCUUCCUUCUCCGCCCCCACCCUCGAAGGGAACGAGUUGAGAGGGAGACUCGUGGCGCGUCUCCGUGGGAAGCUGCAUGUGUAUGUAUUGGGGGGUGGGCGGCGGUGGGGGGAGGGGGGGAGACGUUGCAGAACAACCUGGCAACAAAACCUCCCCGCACACACUAAGCUGCAUUGCUUAGGUCUCGGGGGAGAAAGGAAAAGGCCCCAGCCCUCCUUCUCUUGGGGUGGGGGGCGGGGGAGUGUUGGGUGGGGGUGGGGGGAGAGGAAGUUGGGCAAAUCUUCGCCCUCGCUCACUUUCCCCCCCUUCUUUAUAAAGUUGCUGGAGAGUUGUAACUUUUUGGGGGACGGGUGUGGUAGUUGGGGGGUAAGGUUGAAGGGAAGGGGGGCGAAGUGGGUUGACGAGGCGAAGGCAACCCCCUCUCCCCCCCCCCCGCUUCCCGAGCAGCAGCACCGACUUCGGUGAGUUUGUGCGUUGUGCGCUGCAGGCAAGAGUUUUGCAAAGAGAGCUGCUUUGUGCUUCUACUUGGUAUUUGAGAAAAUGGCCGAAUGCCUAUUUCUGGAAUGCAACAGCAGCAGCGGCAGUCGAUGGUGGUUGGGGCUGAUGGUACACACAAUUUGGUAACGGGCUUCUCCCAUUGUGAGAUUUUUUUCGGCGAAUAUCUGCGGCCUCACGUUCCUUUACUUGGGAGUAAAAACUUGGAAUUUAAUUUCUCAGCAAACGUGCAGGAGGCUGAAUAAAAGACCAUCGGCAUUUGAAAGCUUCCAGACUUUAAACCACUGCUAGUUCUUUUUACUUUCUGCCUUGAUAACAUUGUGUAUGUAGGUCAUUGAGCUCGUUUGCGUUUAGGCCAAAAACGAGACCAGCAUUUUAUUUAAAUACAAUCCCCACCCUGCUGUUGGUUGACUAAUUUCAAGACCAAGUAACUUGCCAAACACACUUUGUUGAGGAAUGUGUGUGUGUUUGAGCUUUUCUUCAGUACCUUGGUAGAAGAGAAGGGAGCCGAGAAAGCCAUGGUGUCUGCAUUUUCAGUUUUGAAAACAAAUCCUGAAUUGCACAAAAAUACACAUGACCGACAGCCAUUCCUGUUUUGCUGUGAAUCCCUCCAUAGUGUGGGGAUAUAUCUGGUCUGUAGGUAUUUACUUUGAAAUAAUUCAAAGAACAUGUAUGGUUACAUGAUACCUUACUCCAGGUAGUUUCACUGAUUUAUUUUCUACUUGUGCAGUGUAGGUAAUUGUAUCAGUAGAACAACAACUCUGAGUAGGUUUUAAGAAGUCUGGCCUGUGGAAAGGUUUCUGAAAUGAUUUAACUGUAGUAGUACAACGGGAAGUAAGGCCCAAGCCAGGUCUUGUAAUCCAAGUUCUGUGUUUGAGGACUUGUCUGUGUGUAUGCUGCUGUGAUGGUUCUGCAAUAAUGGAACUGUCUUCCAGUUAGCAUUUGUUUGAACUUUGGUUCUGGCUUUCAAGAAGGCCAUAACAAAAUAUAUUUUUAACAUGGCCUUUCCCAUUGUGGUAAGAGCUCCUUGCUUGGUAGGGACUUCUGCAGUAUUGCAUUACAACUAACUCUGGUGCUGUGGCCUAGAGGAUUUUGGUGUUUAGAAAUAAAGUGCAUUGGAUUAAAGCAUAUUUAAUCUAGACCAUCAUUGUUUAAUUGCUCUCGUUAUUCAAAUUUGGUGUUGAAAGUUGGUUUUCCGAAGCAAAGGAGCAAUGACAACUAUUUACCCACUCUCACCCUUUAUACCAGGCUUUCUCAACCUCGGCCCUCCAGAUGUUUUGAGACUAUAAUUCCCAUCACCCCUGACCACUGGUCCUGCUAGCUAGGGAUCAUGGGAGUUGUAGGCCAAAAACAUCUGGAGGGCCGAGGUUGAGGAAGCCUGCUUUAUACAGAAUUAUUGGACCACAUGCUAGCUUCUAAAGAAUUAAUAAUAGUUAAUCAGCAAUUAUCUUCCCAUGAGACAUCUCAAAACAAUUAGCACUUUAAAUCUAUUUUUCCUUGUAAUGUUCUGGAAAAGACAAAGCAUUGUUUGACUACAACUGUUAUCAGUAUUCAUAAAACCCUGCACAUUUAACUAAAAUAUGCCUAGUUUCAGCUUUUCAUUUCAAGAUGAAUAGUGUGGCCUUCAGAUUUAAUGCUUUGGAUCCUAGACAUGUUUUAAAAGUGAUAACCAAUUAUUUAUAAUUAAUAACCUUAUUCACACUUGGCUAGGUUACAAGGCUCUCGGUGUUUGCUGUUAAAUGAGGCAUGCUUGGGUGUAGGUGUGCUUGUAGUUGGAGUUUAUUGUGGAAUCAGUGCAUUCAGAUAAUUUUUUUGCAGCAUGCACAUGUCAUAAAAAUUUUAGUUGUGCCUUUUAAGCAUAUAAUCCUGAUUUCAUCAUACUGAAGGAAAUCUGAUAAGAAAAAAUAUAUUCUGUAUAUCCUGCUGCAUAUCUAGUCACCACUGGCAUAGAAGCUCAUUUAGCACACUUUUUGGUAGGUGGUUUGUCAAAAAGUUUCUCAUGUGUGGUGACAUUUCAUUGGAUGGCCACUAUCCACAUUUGCUCCUCACCUGAGCCAAAUCUAGCUAUCUUUCCUCUGUGGUCCACAAUACCAAAUGAAAAAGACCCAUUACUACCAAUUGCUGCAUGCUGAAAAUGUGCUUGAAUUUAAGCAACCCAGUUCAAAGGAGCUGUUCUCUGAAGAUCUCCACACAUUAAAAUACAUAGGCUUUGCGCAAUAACUCUUUAUCAUAAUUUAAAUAUUUCAUUGCUGCUGCAAUUUUUUUGCAGUCUGGGGAAAGUGUGCUUGUGCUUUUAAGAGUAAAAAGGGACUGUAGGACAUUCUAAAUUGUUUUGGAUACAGCCACCUGCCCCCACCAAAUAUAAUUAUUGUGCAAGACAUUAGUAUUAAAGAAAUCCCCAGCUACUUCCAGUGGAUCUAUUUUAAUGCAGUGUGUGUGCAGGUACAGAAAUAGGUAGUGAAGGGCACUAGUGUGGACAGCAAGCAGCAGAAUAACAGUGUAACUGGAACAAAUACAAUUGUGGAAUUUAGCAUGGCAAUUGUGCACACAGAAAGAUUAAAUGUGAGCAACUCGUUUGAAAUAUAAAGUCCUUGUUUGGGAGCAUGCAAGGAGGGAAGGACGCUGACACUUUGCUAUAAAAUGAAAUCAUGAUGCAAUUAAAAGUUUGACUUUGUGGAAAAUGUGGCCAUAUUUGACCACAAUUUCUCUUAAUCAAGAUAAGUAUCAUAAUUAAAUUGUCACUGUUGUUGGAAGUGUUCUCAGUUUUGGAUUAUUACAUAAUAAUUUCUAGACAGACACUUAAACAAUCUUUCCCUCCCUUUUUAACAGAACUGUUAAUAUGGCAAUGCAAGUGCUGGGGCAGUCUGGUGGCAGUGGCCUGUUCCCUGGAAAUACUAACCUUGGCAUGGCUUUGCCAAAUGACAUGUAUGACUUUUCGGAACUUUCCAAAGCUGAGCUAGCAGCUCCACAGCUUAUUAUGCUGGCAAAUGUGGCCCUGACAGGAGAAGUUAAUGGCAACUGUUGUGAUUACAUGGUUGGUGAAGAGAGGCAAAUGGCUGAACUGACAACCGUCGGCAAUGCCAACUUUUCAGACAGCGAUGGAGAAGGAAUAGAUGAAGCCCAGGGCAUGGAGAACAACCAUAGACGCCUGGAAGAUAUGGAUCUGGGAUCCCUUGAAGCUCCUGAGGUUCGCAAUGUGGAAAUGGCAGAACUGACGGAGCCUUCUGUUCCUCAUACUUGCAGCCAAGACAAGGGCUACCCGUUGGAGGUGCCAGAUACUCCAGAGAGUGCAGAUGACAAAUGUAAGAGCUUGAAGAACAAACCGUUUCGCUGUAAGCCGUGUCAGUAUGAGGCAGAGUCAGAGAAGGAGUUUGUCCAUCACAUUCGGGUUCACAGUGCCAAGAGAUUCAUUGUAGAAGAAAAAGCUGAGAAGCAUGGCCAAGUUAAAGAAGCUGCCUCCAGUGCCACAGAUGAAGUUGAUUUCUCCAAGGGGCCCAUUAGAUGUGAUCGCUGUGGCUACAACACUAACAGGUAUGAUCACUAUCUGGCUCAUUUGAAGCACCACAACAAAGCUGGAGAAAAUGAGAGGGUCUACAAAUGCACCAUCUGCACAUACACAACUGUCAGUGAAUAUCACUGGAAGAAGCAUUUAAGAAACCAUUUCCCACGGAAAGUGUACACAUGCUCACAAUGCUCCUACUUCUCGGACCGGAAGAACAACUAUGUGCAACAUAUUCGCACUCAUACAGGUGAGUGUUGUAUCUGUUUCUUAGGUUUGGCUGUUUGCAAUGGACUUGGGUGUGCUGGAUUUGAGUACAUUUGCACUUGUUUGCCAUCAUGUUAUAAAUUGUGCUAUAAACUAGCACUUUCUGAUUUUAAACGAUUGGCUUAUGUGUACCAGAAGUAUUGUGUUUUACAUUAGAGCUAAUGGGUAAAACAAUAAAGCUAAACACAGUUCAUUACAUCUGUGUGUGGCAGGGGAGGUGAUAUUUGCUGAUUCUCACUGAUAGGUUUUAAGGAGAAUGAGUGUAUUUUGAGAAUUACAAUUUUCUCCAAUCAAAUUUUAAAUAAUCACCAAUAAAAUAGAUGUUUAUAUACUGAAAAUUAGCUCUAGUAAGGGAACAAUGGUGGUUUUUGCUUUUGAAAAUACUUUGCCACAGUCAGCUGAUUUGUUUUUCUCUGCUCAACGUUUCUGGUUUGUUUGUAUAAAACCCUCACAAAACAUUUGUGUCCAAGUUAUUUUUUUGAAGAAAUGCAGAACAGGAAAAUAACAAAAUAGCCAGAAAUCACUAAAAGUAGACUUGGCUUUUGAAGUUAAUUUUAAAAUGAAGUCAGAAACAAUUUGUUUGAGUUAAAAGUGACAGUGGUAGUUGAGCUAUUUAAGCUUGUAGCUGCUCUUAGGGCAGUGCUUAAGGGACCUAGUGGUAGUGGAAGAACAGUGCAGUUCCAAAAUGACGAGCAUCCCUCAAACCUCAUAUUUUUCUAUGAAUUCUUUGGCCUAAUCCUCAUCCCAAGCCAAUCAUUGGGACCAGAUACUGGUUGGGGCAGGCCUAGUUUUGCUCACAGAGGUGGCAUGUUGGAUCCUUCCAGCUGCCUCAAUAUUUUUGCAACUCCGUGCUUCUCCCCCGCCCGCCCCCCCCCCGCCCCCGCCCCUGGGUUCAGAAAGUUCUGUUUGGCAAGUAAGGAAGCUUUGUGGCUGUGCUUCUCCUGCCAAGCAGAGGAUCAUGCUUUAGCAACUAUGAGACUUGAUGUGACACAGGAAUUUAAGUGCACUUCUAGAAUCAGGAUAUAGCAGUUGAAUAUAUAUAUAUAAAAGUGUGGAUAGGGAUUUCAAUCCAGUAUUGGAUGUAAUUAUGUUCUACAGAUGAAGAGAAUUCAAGCCAGCACAAGUAGCCAGGCUUUGGAAUUUCAGCUUCAUUAUAUGUAGUGUGCAGUGGUGGACUGCAUUCUUUUGCCACUUUUGCUCAGAUUUUGCAUUAAUAGAGCAGAAACAACCGUCAUGAUUCAGGCUUGAAUUCUUUUCAAGGUGGCAGACUUCUUUCUUUUUUUCUUUUACAGAAGGAGUUGUGAGGCUGUAGUGGAUUACUUAAUAUGUUCAGAAACUGAGACCAUCUUCCUGUUCCUUUGCAAUGUUGCAGAUUCAUUGGGUGCUGCAGGAAAGCAUUCUUCCUCCCCUAACUGUACUCUGCUUGGAAUGGAGAGUGUAGUUGAUCACUUUUGAAUCCUAUCCUCGCCCAUUUAUUGCAGAAAUUGCCAGGUGAUACUGUUGCCUUGAAUAUCUUCACCUAUAGAUUUCUGCGUAUAAAACCAUUGUUAAAGGGCAGAAAAACAGACUGGUCAUAAUUAGCGGAGACAAAACCUGCAGCGGUGCCAGGAGUGAAAGCCAGACAUGUGCAUGCUUGAAUUAUUAGGCAAAAGGAAGUGCUUGAGGUUCAGUAGCAUAUUCUAGUGAUCUUAGACUCACGUGGUGUAUAGCCCCUGUUCUCCCAUCUAAAAGACUUCAGAAUUUUGCUCUAGCUUAGAUACAUAUCCGCUCCAGUAAUGCUAUGUAGAAUGUAACCUUGUACCAGACAUAAUGUGAUAAAUAGUUGAGUUAUGGAUAUAUGUGCAGAAUUCUGUUCCUCAUUGUGAUCUCUUUUCCUUGUGCUGGCCAGUUUCUGCUAAAUGAAAAAAAAGUAAGUUGUAUUUUUUAAAUCAUUUGAUGCUGUCCCCAAAUAAGUGGUAAUACUAGAUUUGCAACUAAAAGAGUGAAGGGGAGAAGAAAGACACCCCAAUACAACUUUGUAUACUUAGAGUGUGGCACUCACAGGCACUAUGGUGCCCCCAGGCACUCCCCUUUUGUGCCCAUACAGUUCCCCUUUCCCUCCUACAUGAUUUUUGAUUUUUUAAUUUGAGUUUUGUCUGUUUGUUGUGCUUUUGGGGGGGAUUGUUUCAUUUUGACUUGCCUGCUAUUGUUUCUGGUCAUACUUGUUUUGUGUAUGUGUACGUGUUUUUUAUGGGGAGAAAUCUGAACAUCAAUCCCUUUCCUCUGCCAUCCACCCAUGAAAUCAGUAUUUUGUUUUGGACUCAACAGUUUCUUUAGGUUUACAGCUGAGACUCCAGGUCCUAAAAGGUUAAAGACCCCUAGUAUAAACAAUAGGGACAGUCAGUCAGUUUCAUUGCGACUGUGUCAAAAACGUAUGUUAGCAAAAGUCUGAUAGAAACUUGAGUUUUUAGGAGAAAUUUUAUUAGGCUACCACCUGGUAGUGGGUCCCAUAACACCUUUUAGAGGUCAUUGAGUUAGAACAUAAUCCAGCCAAACUUCAGCACAGUGCAUUUUAAUGUGAAGUACUUGUUUAAGUGUCUCCCAUUGAAAAUGAGAUUUACAGGUGUUUGGCCAAGGUGCCUGGAUAGCCUUGGUCAAGAAGGGCAAACUACUGGCCUCUGACACACGAAAGACAAAUGGGGAGGAGGGUUGCAUGGCUCUGCCAGAAGGUGCUUGACGCUCCUUGAAGCAGUUGUGCCCAAGGGAAAACAUUUGGGGAAAUGGGGGUGGGGUUACCUGAAUAUGAGAGACUGUUGUAGCUACAAUUUUUGAUUUCUUCACCAAGGUCAGACAGUUUCCCUCAAAAAAUUGUUCAUCCCUAUCAUUUACCUUUUCUCGGACCUCAGGACAAGUGUGAGAGAGCACAGUCCCUCUCCCAUCCCCUCUGACCUUGCAAAAGGAGUUGAGGGAGAACUGGAAUUUUCUGUAAUUUGAGCAGCAGUGUUGGAAAUGGUGGGAGAGAAUUUUGCUGCUGCUUAUUUUGUGUAAGAGUAUGUGGGAGCUUGCAGAGUGUCCUUGUGAGUUCAGGGGCGCUUGCACUUGCUGAGGAUUGCAUUUGUAGAUGUUUAGCUAAGAAUGGGAGGCAGGAAUUCCCUGGUUUAAAUCUUGCUUCAGCCAAGAAUUACAAGGCAGGUUUAGACAAGCAGCUAUUUUUCAGCAACAAUAUCUGCAAUAUGGGAAUAAAAAAAACCCUAGAUUGUUUCUAGAGUUGUUGUAAAAUUUACAAAUAUCAUGGAUAGAAACCACUUCAACCCAAAUGCAAACUAUAAAAUAGUUCACACACACGCACCUCUUCAAGAGAGGCUUUAAAAAACAGUUAACCUUGGUUUCAUUUAGUGUUUAUAUCCUAUUUCUAGAGCAGGUGAAUUACUUUUUAGGUGAAGGAUGCUAGUUAUUUUAGGGAUAAUUUAUAUUUGAGGUGUUUGCCAGGUAUAUUAGACCAGGAAGGAAGAUGUUUAAACCAAAAUCUUAGUCCGGUUUCAAGAUGAAACAACAUUUUUAUGCCACUUUUCUCUCACCAAAUUGUCCAGCUCAGUUAUUUUGUGUUCUCGUGUGUGUGUGUGUGUGUGUGUGUGUGUGUGUGUGUGUUUGUGCAGUUCAAUCCUCUAUGAGCAUUUUAAGGAUUUUUAAUUUGUGUUUAUUUUAUCUGUUUUAAUAGGAGAGCGUCCCUAUCGGUGUUCCAUGUGUCCUUAUUCAAGUUCUCAGAAGACUCAUUUAACCAGGCACAUGCGCACGCAUUCAGGUUGGUAAAAAGGCAAUUCAAGAGAGCCGUGGUGGUUAAGGUUGUGGCUAUAUUCGUUAAAUGUCUGAUAUGUCAGUUCAGGGAUUGGCAGAAUGAAAUUCGUAGUCUGUUUAUGACCGCCAAAGGUUUAAGCCUAAAACAGCCUGUAGGUGAGUUGUUAAUUGUGUGCUUACAUUGGCUGUGGAAACAGCCAUGGCUAGCUGGAUGCUUUGCACUUGUAAUCCCUGCUAUUUAUUUUUUCACUCUGGGCAGUCUCCUGGCUGAUAAGAAAGAGCUUUGAAAGCCCCCCCUCCCCAAUAUACAGAGUGAACUUCCUUCCCCACUUGUUAAGCUAUGUUUCCAGUAUUCAUCAAAGCAGCAUCCAUGCAGAAGAGGAAAAUAAAUCAGCAGUUCUCGGGGAAAUGCAAAGCUUUGCAGUACUAUUAAAAAAACUUCGAUACUCCCCCAAAGGUGGGGAACCCAAAUGCAUGCCAUUGAGAACUGAACAAUGCUCAUUUGAAUCACAGAAUGCUGAUGUUCUAGGAGUGUUAAACAAAAAAAGUGGGGGUUGGGGCAGAUUAGAAGAGGGCAUUGCUGAAUUGGAGCAUUCACAUUGCAAAACUUUCUUGUGAUUGUCACUUAUCUACAUGACUUUUAAUGUGUUUCCUGCAUUCGUGACCACUUUUGAAACAGCCAUUGAAUUUUAACCCCUCCAUGCAUGUAAUUUGUGAAGUUGAUUGCUGCUGUACAUAUUAAUGACUGAUUUCUGUUUUUAUUGUUAGUAUACACUCACAUUUAAUGUUCAAGUAAGAGUUGCUGAUCACCCAGUCAGUUUGUAUUUUUCUCCUGGACCUAUGUAUUAUGUCUGGGUUGGGGGGUGGAGUGGUAGCACUGCAGAAACAUUUUACCUUUUUGAGGAAAUAAUUGCUUCUGGGUUAUAUGGGUGUGGUGUAAUAUUUGUGUAAGCCUACUAUUCAUCUGUAAUUUCCAUUUUUCUACACUGCCUUCAGUGGACCAGUUUGGUUUGGAUUCCAAUUGCUAGUAUUACUGUAGACUGAUCUUUCCUGGUAUGUAUUUAUCAUAGAUGGAAUAUGUGGAUUAGUUGGUGCUUGCAUGUUUUUUUUAGUUUCUUUUGGUUUGUUGCUGUCUUUUGUGAAUGUGUUAACUGUAAAAUCUUUUUUUUUUUAAGUUGAGAAAUGCAAAAGCAUGUGCAACUGUAUAAAUCUGUAGCUGUGCAAAUGAGUUGCUGUUUGUAAUUUAAUCACUGGUAAUUUCCCUCUUGAUUGCUUCAGGUGAGAAGCCGUUUAAAUGUGAGCAGUGCAGCUAUGUGGCAUCAAACCAGCAUGAAGUGACUCGGCAUGCAAGGCAGGUUCAUGAUGGGCCCAAACCGCUGGCCUGCCCACAUUGUGACUACAAAACUGCUGACCGAAGCAACUUCAAGAAGCAUGUUGAACUCCAUGUCAGCCCACGGCAGUUCCUUUGCCCAGUCUGCGAGUAUGCUGCAUCCAAGAAGUGUAAUUUGCAGUAUCACAUCAAAUCCAGGCACCCUGACUGUUGUGACAUCACAAUGGAUGUCUCAAAAGUAAGACUACGAACUAAAAAGAAUGAAGUGAAUACUUCUGAAAACGUGGGUGGUGAUAAUAAGGGCGUGGAACAAGAACAGGCAAAGAAAGAGAUGACUGAAAAGAAAAGUGAGAGAACUGUAAAAGAAGAGAACCUGUCAAAAGAAAAGAAACCAACUAGCAGUGUUGGUAUAGGCCAUGUAACAACUCGAAGUCGCAAAACCGUUGCUGAAAGCAAAGAGGCAAAUGUGAAAACUGAGAAAAUGACAGAGAAAUCUGGCAAAGCAAAGAAAGCAAAGAGAAAAGCAGAUGCCACCCCUGUUCCUUUGACAAAAGAUUUUGCAGCAGACACUGAUGUUAUAGUGAAGAAGAAAAAGAAAACUGAAAAAAUGUCCCCUAAAUGUCAGGACUCUCAAAAGAGUGAAAACAAAUUAGAAGUCACCAAAAAGCAAAAUUCUUGCCUGAAGAAAAACAAGAAAAAGAAAUAUCUGAGGAGUAAGCCUGGUAAGAACAACAGAAAGCUUGAUUGUGAGAAGGUCACAGAUGAGGAGUCAUUCUCUAAAGAAUCUGUUGCUAUACAAGAGGAGGAAAGUAAGGUAACUGAUAAUGCUUGCAAUGAACUCCAGCCUACUGUUAUCCUUGAUGUUAGAGAGAGCCAGUGUGUUCCUGUGGAGAACAUGCAAGAUCAUGAGUCACUGGCGGCGCAGCACAAGGCUAUGGAUAUAGAACUAGAGGUGAAAGAGCAAGAAAUGCCCGUGGCAGAAGAGGAGACAAUUAAAGCAGUUUCUCAGAAUGAAAUUGAGCUGACAGUCAUUCCUUGUAUCAGGUCUGAGGACUCCAAUACCACCUUUGAAAAAGAGACAGGCGUACUAAAAGAUGCUUUACCUGAUUUGUCCCAAAAUAGGGAAACCACAGAAACUUGUGAGAUGCAGAUUGUGACUGAUCCUGAUCCAAUACAAGAAACUGAAGAGAUACAACAAAUGUGUGAGAGAGAAACUGUGAGUAACCCACAUCCAGAAGAUGUCAGUUCUACAAAAGAAUUGCAGGCUGAAGACUCAGCAGAAGCUCCUCCACCACUGUCGCCGGAAAAACUGGAGAAGAGCACUAAAGCAGACCUGGUUUCAGCAUCGUCCAGUGGCACAGUAGUAAAUGAAAAUCAGGAAAUGGAAGAGGAUGAAGGCAUCCACAGUCACGAGGGCAGUGAUAUAAGUGACAACAUAUCAGAAGGCAGUGAUGAUUCUGGGUUAAAUGGUGCUCGGACAGCACAGGAGAAAGAUCAGAAACCAUCCCAAGAAGUGGCAGAAGCCAAGGCCACAAAGGAGAACUAUGUGUGCAUAUUCUGCGAUCGUUCAUUUAAAAAGGAAGGCGAAUACAGUAAGCACCUGAAUCGCCAUUUAGUAAAUGUGUACUAUCUUGAGAAAGCAACAAAGGGGCAAGAUUAACCAAACUGCAGUUUCAUGACAGUUUAUUCUAGAGCUUAGGUACCAGUUCUUGUAGAAUCUUUGCUUAAGCUCAGUUUGCUUAUACUUUUUAAAGUUGGUUGUGUUUUUCUGACCUUUGAUGAAAUGUUGAACUAAUUAAUUACUUGUAUCUCUUUGAUUAGAGAGGGCAAAUAGGGUAUGCAUACUGUGGCUUGUUAAAUUGGCAGAACUCCUUGGGAUAGAGCCCUGGAAUCUCUUGAGUAUUUCUGUUGACUUGAAGCAGAACUAUUCACAAGUUAGUAGGUUUAGAAAUGUAGCCUUGGGGAACAAUCCACCAAGAGUGUCUCCUGCACAGACUCUAAAAAAAUAAUAGAAGUGUGCAAGAGCACUGUUGUGAUGUUGCAGAGUCCUGUUUGUUUCCAUAGGACUUGAGCGGGAGAUAUUAACACAGUUGACUGAGCCCACAGUCUGGGCCUGUCCAGUCAUUACAUUCCAGGAAGAUAUUUCAGCCUGGUAUGAGACAUGUGCUCCUUCUCUCUUUCCCCUUUACUGCUAGGAGAAAGUCAAAGGUGAAUCAGCAUUUAUUUGAACGUGGUAUCUUCCUGAUCACCCAUUCAAAAACCCCUUAUUUGAUCCUGUUUUAUAUACACUUGCUACAAUGUGGAACUGCUUCCCCAUAUUCCAUUUCUACACCAUUGCAGUGUAGGUAAGGCCAAGUGUGUGAGUUUUCCCAUCCCCUAAUGGGAAGAAAACAGUAACUGGUCCUGUCCCUGUGGUUCUGAUAUUCAGAAUACUUAGCUGUAUGUGAAUGGGGGUUUUCUGAAGACAGACUGGGUGGUUAGGGAGAUAAUGUCUUCAGUAAACGGCACAGCCUGGUUCACUCUUGUCCUUCUCCUUGUUCGGAAGGAUGAGAGUCUUGGGUGUGAGACCAUCAGGCUCAUCCCUGGUUAAUAAUUCCUUGCAAUGUGACAAGUGCACAGGCCAUCUGUGCUUGUUGAACAAAGUGUUAUAGAAAUAAACUCCUAGAAAUUGAAAUAUUGCUCCAAUUGUUUCUAGAAAAAUCUGCCUUUUUUAUUUUCACCUGUUGGUAUGAUGAAUGCUUAAAGAACUCACUGUGGCAGAUUAUUUGUAAAAAGAGCACUUUCAGAAAAAUGUUGAGGUUGGCUAACAGAAAACAUAAUUGCAUGAUCAUAUAUUUAAUUUGCAUAUACGUUUCAGGUCCCCCAAUCAUGAUCAGCAAGCCAAAAUCUUGGGAGUUCUUUCUACCUUUCUGUUGAUUAGUGAAUCCAUUAUUUGUUAAAUACUACUUUUCGACAAGGUUCUUAUUUCUUCUUGUGCUUUAAGAGAUGAAAAAAUGUUGCACAUAAUUGUUUUUAUUUUUACCUAUGCAGUUUAAGCCUUUAGGAGUUUAGUUAUUUCUGUGUAUAUGAACACUUUAUAUAUGCAUGUUUGGUUUUUGUUAAUGGGUUUCCUUCCCGUAAUGUUGAUUUUCAGGUUUGUUGCGUAUUGUGGCCAGUGUUGUUUAUCUUGACCACAUUUUCUGGUUCUGAGUUUGUGCAGUGUUGUAGCUUUAAUUAUUUGAUUUUGGAACAAAUGAUACUAAAGGAAUGUCAUCCCACAGACCACACUAAGAACCAAUUACUGCUCAUGGAUAGCUCCCAUUGUGAAAGGGGAACUUCUCAGUAGAUUGUGCCCCCAAGAAGGUUGUUCAUACAUAUCUCUGUAUAUAAGGUUGGAUAAUAUAUUCAUAUAGUAUGCAUUUUUAUGCAGACAGUACUUUCUGCUGUUUUAGUGCAUUUAUUAUUGCUGGGAGAAACUUUUCAUUGCCCUCCAUUAAAAUUAAUAGGGGCAUGCAUGUGAAAUUUCAUGGGAAACUUAAUUUGUUAAUGGAUGGUGCUUGUCGAGUUCUAAGCAUGGAAUAGUCAAAUGAGAGCAAAUAAUCCAUUAAAAGUACACGUGAAUUUUAAAAUUUGCAAGUACUCUUGCCCAGCUCAUACUCAUUUCAGAGGGUCCUGUGCAGGAGAAUUUCGAGAUAGAUUGUGCUCCUUAUCUGCUUGACAAAGACAAAUGUUGGCAAUUACAUAAUACAUGGAAUUUGAAAUGAUCAACACUAUCAGGAAGAUCUUGGAAAGCAACAAAUAAGGGAAGAUGUAGAAAUUCCUGAUCCUUGUUCCAUCAAGUUCUAACUUAAAUUAAUUACCCUGAUACUUUUAUACUUGACAUAAAAAAGAGCUGAAAUGAUUGGAUAUAUGAUGAAUUUGCAAACACUGGGAGAAAAGUCACAAGUAAAGCAAGUCUGUUAUCAGUAAGGUUUGAGGCAUUUGGAAUGUGUGAGCAGUGAGAAAACCGCAGGUCUUUUGAAUCUAUCCCCCUUCAGAUUUAUGUUUUUCCUGAAUUUGUAGAUAUAAAUGCCACCUGCAGUCCUGCAAAGCAACAUCUAUGGAAGCUAUAGGGCACAUUCUAUCCCAGCAGCUUUUGCCAAUCUGAUGCCUUCCAUGCCAUGUACUACGACUCCCACCUGGAGGGCACGAGGUAGGCGAAGACUGAUCUGUGAGGAUGUUUCUCCAGGACAAACCCCAUGAGUGUAUUCUGGCAUGGCUCUUGUUUACUUCUUGGGGCUUGCGCAGAAGAACAUCCUGCUAAACUGGGCCUCAGGAUGGCUAUCACGAUAGUUUUUGGACCUGCUGCAGAAAUAUUAAAGCAAACUCUUUUAUUCUUUUGUCUUGGAGACUGCUAACGCUUGCAUUAGUUUAAGCUGUAUUCGGUCUCUUUUCCUCCUCCUUUCUGCUAGAACCUUUUGUGGUUCUUUUUCAAUAUAACUUGACUGAAUACAGGAACCUAAUACUUCUGUGUAGUGGGUGGGUGGGUGGAGUUUUCUAAUAGGAGGCCAAAGAUCUGAGGGAGAAAAAUCCCUUUAGGGCAGAAAUAAAUUGUGUAACAUUGGUUAUUUGUGUGUGAAUAGCUUGUGUUGAAAACUUACUUUGGCUGUGACAAUCAUUGUCAACUGAGAAUCAAGUUGCAACUAUAUUUAUGUUGAACCAUUAAACACUGCUGAAUUGUCUUCCUAACCAAUUAGUUGGAAUAGUAUUAAACACAACUUUAUUGUUGGAUGUAAAAUAUUGUCAUUUUGUAAAAUAUUGUUUUGUAAAAGGUUUGGACAGAGGUUGGAAACUCCAGUACAAUGUAGAGUUUUUUUUUCUCUCUCUGCCUUUUUAAAAAGAGAUGUUUCCACUUUGUAAAAGCCUUUGUGGCCUUAAGCUACAUUUUUUGUGAUUUUUUAAAAAAACAAAGUUGGUUGAAAAGGUAGAGGCAAAGAGGUGUCACUAGCAGUAAUGACAUUAGAUGACUUCACAUUACAAGAAAAUGUUGUCAUGUUACUCAGAAGAUCUUACUAGCAAAUGAUCAGGAGUAAAACUUUCACGCUAGAAAAGACAGUAGAAGUUGGUACCUGUGUUGGGUAGUGUUUCUGAGCUUGAGAGGGCAAAACUGUUAAGUAUUAAAAUAAUAUCUUCCAGCGAUGUAAUUGUUGUGUCUUGAGAUAUAUUGGAUAUUGUGAUUGACUUGAAAUUCCUGUAUGUUUCCCCUUAUUUUGUUAGGAUAGAAGGAGGUACCUAUAGUGAUCAAACAGUUUAAAAAUAAAACUGGUAAAAGAUGGAAUGUCACUCCUGUCUUAAUGUUAGAUGUUGCAAGCGGAUUAGUGAAAUUAGGGUUAAACUACAGAUGAGUUACUGUGUUUCUGCCUAAAGUAGAUAUUUCAUAAAUUGAAUUUUGAGAUUGUCACAGGAAUUUUGGAUACACCUUUCCAGCGUCUUCCUUUAUUAAAGGGCUUCUCUCAGCAGCAAUGCCUGUCAUAACACCCCAACCUGAUACAUCCUGCAUUAUCUCAUGUUGUUUGACAGUGUGGCUAGUUAGUAGAAUCUAUAGUGUUUUUGGAAAAGUAGCCUAAAGAAUGGAUUACUAGGAACUUGGCAACACAUCUUAAUAUUGCUGCUAUUUAGGGAUUGAUUGACCUAAGGGCUGGAACUUUAAAUCUUUUCUACAGAACAAACUGACAGGUCAGUUAAUACUCAAGAUGCCUUUGAUUUCAGUAUGUUGUUUUGCUGAUGUAUUGUAAGCCCAGGUUCAGUUAGGUUUAUUGAAUCUUGAUUGUGUAGCUAACAAGCUGAAAUACAAUAUUAAUUACAUCCAGGUAGUUUAAGAAAUUGUUUCACACAUGUGUAUAUAUACCUUUUCCUCCCCUAAAAAGCAAAUCACACUAGCUAAAGAACUUUUUGUAAGCUGGCACUGAAACAUUUUAUGUUUGGUUGCACCGUGUUUGAAGCUUUUUACAGUGCAAUACUUGUAUUAUUCUGUCAAUUUAAACCAAAGGUAAUUUUUUUUCAUGCUUUCUCUCUACUGUAGUGCAUGAAGAGCUUUUAUAUGUUUGUAAUAGAUGUAAAAUCAGAAAAGAUCACAUAUCCUGGGUUUUUUAUUUACCUAAACUAUGUACAAGCCUUUGUCCAAAAUGUAAGGUGUUAAACUAAAUUACGUAUUAACCCAUGAGUGUAUUUUCCUAAGCAUAGUUAUGUCAAUAAACUUUAUUAAGGAGUA